GACAUUUCGUACGUACUUGUACUUCUUCCCUCAAGUUUUCAGUUCUCUUUUCGAUUAAUUUUAUUAUUACACAAUACAUUGAGCUUUAUUUUUAAAAUAUGGCUAAUAAUAAUGAAAAACCAGGUGAUGGCCUUCGUUCUUUACGGUCUACCACAGCAUUUAGACUCAUAAACUUUGAAUUAUACGCCAAACCUAAUAUUGUUAUAAUGAGUUUGGGUCUCACCUGCUUUGGUAUCACAUUAGGCUACAUUGCCUACAUGAGAUCUAAAUAUGAAUCCAUGGGAUACUACACAGCAGUUGACAAGGAUGGUAAAGAAAUAUUUGAAAAGAAGAAAUCUAAAUGGGAUUAGAUUAAUACAAAUAAUUUCAUAAGAAUUGCCUAGUUGUUAAGUUAUUCCUCUUCAAUGAAGAAUAGAAGUGUAUAUAGUGUAAGCAUCAAAUAGGUAGUAAUUUAUUCAUCUACCUGUAAAUGUAAAUAGUUUAUGCAUUAGAAUGUGUU